AUGACAAGCGCAACGACCACCGGCCGACCAGAUGCUUUGCCCUUGCAACCCAAGAUUACGCCGGCCAUUGGAAUCGCCGGUUGCAUCCUGCUCAUCGCGGGCGUCGCUUUGUGCCUCAUUGGCAUCAAGCACGAAUGGCUUCACGUCUUCCUGAGCACGGCCCUACUGGCCAGCCUGGCUGUCACCGUUCUGGUAGUCUACGUCAUGAACCCACCAGUCAGCGACGCCGUCCAAGGAGCCUAUAUGGUGGCAGCGGUCCUUACUGGUGUCAUCUUCGGCGCGCUGGCACUGGUCUUUAGAGAGGUCACCGAAGGACUUGGCUGCCUUCUUGGAGGCUUCUGCCUAGCAAUGUGGUUCUUGGUGCUGUCGCCGGGCGGCCUGAUCACAUCGACGGCUGGCCGAGGUAUUCUAAUCGCAGUCUUCUGUAUCGCUUCUUUCGCACUGUCGUUCAGCCACUACACGCGGACCUACAGCUUGAUACUCUGCACUUCUUUCGCCGGUGCCACCGUCACGAUACUGGGCAUUGAUUGCUUCAGUCGAGCAGGCUUGAAGGAGUUCUGGAUCUACCUCUGGAAUCUGAACGUUAACGAAUUCCCGCUUGGGACCACUACUUAUCCGAUUACACGUGGGAUCCGGGUUGAGAUCGCUUGUACGAUCAUAUUCUUUAUCCUUGGGGUGCUGUCUCAAUUCAAGAUCUGGAAGAUUGUGAAGGAGCGCAGAGUAAAGAGAGACGUGGAGCGUAUGCGUGACGAAGAAAGCAAAGAUCAGCUGGAAGCCGCAGUGGGCCGAGACGUCGAAGCGACUGCGGAGCGUGACCGAGCCGAAUGGGAGGCCAUGUACGGCGACAAGAGUGGUGCAAGUGUACACGUGGACAGCGGCGUAGGGUCAUCUGUGGACAGUCUACCCAAGCGCGGUGGAAGUGUACGAGAACGCGAGAUCGAUGGUAUCGAAAUGGCAGACAUACCGGGCUCGCGCUCUGGUCGCAACAGCAAGCAGCAUGCACGACCGCCGAUGGUCGUGUGUGUAGCACCAGAGGACGAAGCGCCUCCGCCAGCGUCACAGUCAGGAGAGCUUCUACUUAGCGAAGGCAACCACCACUACCAUUCCGCAGCCCAGUCGUCUGAGCGGCUGGCGAGCGGCCGUACUUCGCUGGACGGCAAAGAUGCUACUUCGGUCAAGGAUUGGUCCGACCUCUCUUCGGCUGCACCGGCUGUACCUGCGGUCGUGCCGCUCCCAUUCUCGAUACCUGGUCAGGAUCAAGAUCAAAAGAGCGACGGCAACGACCAUGAAUCGCUCGUCUCAAGAGCCACAGCUGGGCAGCCUUUGCAAGAACGACGGGGUGUACCCGUAAAGCAGCUGACUCUGGGAGAUGCUCUGGGAAUGGAGCAUAUCCCGCGUGUAGAGGAUGACAGGGCUUCAUCAGUGGCCGCUACAGCAGAUGAAGAUACCGACUUCGACACGCUAUCAGCGCCACGGCUCUCCGCUGCUCCGUCGCCUUACCGUUUCGCCUUUGAUGAGGACGCGUCGAAGUCGCCGUUCAGUAAUAAUAUCAGCGAUACCCGUGCUCCUAACAGGUCGAUGGUUGAGCUACCGUUCGAAGAAGACGACGAGGAAGCUGUGCCACGUCCAGAAACGACUAUGGAGGAAGUUGUGCCUCCGGUGGACAAGGAAGCUAGCAUACCCCGAAAGCGCAGAUCUACCGCAGGCUCCAAACGGCAGUCUGUUGGGAGCCGGCGUGUAAGCGGCGAAGACGCAGAACCUGCCGAAGACACAGUAUCCUUGGUUGAAAGUCUUCGGGACCAUCUGCCGCAAGGACUGUCGAAAGUGGCACAGACAUAUCGGACGAAUGAGUGGGCGAAGCACAUCGCUGACGCAGACAAGCCGGAGGUGGAGGCUGACAUAUCUGGCUCUCACUCGCCUGGCAUACAGGUCGACCAUGCGUUUGCGGAAGCUGCGAGACCGGUGGACACUGAAGCCCUGAAGCCUAGCUCUAUUUUUCCAGAGAAGCCUGAGUUUUCGCGGAACGCAUCGCGAGCCUCGAGCAACAACCCAUACCGGCAGAGCAUGCAAACCCGCAAACCUGGCCUUCCCCACGCCGGCAGCGGUGCGGUUACUCCGGUUUACGCCUUCUCACGUAGCCCUUCGGCCAUGUCAUUGAACCGGCAAGGCAGCAAUCCGGCCAGUAAAGCACAGCACAGGCUUACCACACAAGGAUUACGGAACGUAUCGGCCCCACUGAUCAAUCAGCCACUUGUGGAGUCACCAGUUGAGGAGGCCGCUGCCUUCUCGCCUCAUCGGACAGUCUCCACCCCAAUGGCAAGCAACAUCAACCUGAUGGACGAGCGCAAUGUUCGCUUGCAGCACCAGCCAACAAGCGCCUCCUUUAAUGCUCUUACGACAGCAGCCACGGAUGCGAAUGCUAUAGAUCCAUCCGACUCCGCCUCCAUGCGCAAUGUGCGCUUAGAUGACGACAACAUCUCACUUUCCGAACGCAAGCAACUCCUCGAUGAGGAAAACAUGACGCUCGCAGAACGCAAAGCCGUCAUGCAACAACAGCGCGAAGGUAUGGUCUCACCAACUACGCAAAGGAAAGGCACCUGGCCACUGCCGGCGCGUAUGAACAGCACCGCAGCUCAAGCCAACGCAAUAUACGACUCGCAUCAACCAAGGCGAUCCAACACCGUCGAUACGUCAAAACAAGCCAACAUGCUCACGCAAUGGCGUCAGUCACUGCAGCAAGAUGCGGCCGCCAGACAGCCGCUCAUGUCCAAUGACGCAGGCAGACAGGCAUUGCUGCACGAGCGCCGCAUGGUGGAAUAUGAGCAUCGACUACACCAAGCACAGCGUGUGCAUAGGCAGAGUGCAAUGGAUAUGGCGAUGCAGAGCCGAGCUUUGCACGGAGCGCACCGCGAUGCGCUGAGGAAGAUGCAGGCGCAGGCCAACGGUCGGGCGCCGCAGUAG